AUGUUGAGUCUAUGGUAUACAUACUCAAUGGUGAGACCGAGAAAUGUACAUACACUAUAUAUCUUUUCCGGAUAGGCUUGGACAGAACCUGCGGCCCACCAUGUCUAGUCAACAAACAUAAACGUAACACAAAAUCUCUCUUCGAAUCUAAUCCUCAACAUGCACGUUUAAUAACUGUUAAUUUCCCCGUAGUCUGGACGUGGUUGCGCGUGUUCCACACGUGGUUAAAAGUGGGCGUAUUAAUCGACGCAAUCCGUCACAAGAAAGCGUUACAUCCGUGUCAAACGAGGAAUGUAGCGUUUUGGGUCAAUAUAUGUCGUUCGGUGGAUUUGCCAGUCCAGAUUUGUUGUCAACGUAUGUCAAAUAAGAUGCUAAGAUUUCUGUCACGGCGCAGGGCUCGUAGUGUCAGCGGGCAGACUACGUCGUCCCAAAUAAAGAAUCAACGAUUGCUCAGCAAUAAGAACGUCGUUCAGUGCAGAGUCGUUCUGCUCGAUGGCACGGAUCUGCCGAUAGAGUUGUCAAAAAAAGCAUUGGCUAGUGACCUAUAUGAACAAGUAUUUUAUAGCUUAGACUUAAUAGAGAAAGAUUAUUUUGGACUGCAAUAUACAGAUAGCAAUAAUGUUCAGCAUUGGCUGGAUCCUACUAAACCGAUAAAGAAACAAGUGAAAAUUGGACCACCGUAUACCUUAAGGCUCAAGGUAAAGUUCUACUCAUCAGAACCUAAUACGUUGCGCGAGGAAUUAACAAGAUACCAGUUCUUCCUGCAAUUGAAGCAAGAUGUUUUAGAAGGGAAACUUCACUGCCCUCAUCAAGUUUCUGUACAAUUGGCUGCUUUGGCUCUUCAAUGUCAGACAGAGCAAAUGGAACUUGAAAUACUCGAGGAAUAUGCCAAGUGUUCUGGUCUUAGUCCAGCACAGGCUGAGUCGGCAUACCUCAGCAAAGCGAAAUGGUUAGACAUGUACGGUGUAGAUAUGCACACUGUUCUUGGUAAAGAUGCGUGCGAAUAUUCUUUGGGAUUGACGCCAACGGGAAUUCUGGUCUUCGAAGGCACGCAGAAAAUAGGUUUAUUCUUUUGGCCCAAGAUCGGUCGGUUAGAUUUUAAAAAGAAGAAACUGACAUUAGUUGUUGUAGAAGAAGAUGACGAAGGAAGAGGGGAGCAGGAACAUACGUUUGUGUUCAGACUUGUUAAUGAAAAAGCUUGCAAACACUUGUGGAAAUGUGCCGUAGAGCAUCACGCUUUCUUUCGGUUACGCGCCCCUGUCAAGGGUGCCAGUGGACGUCAGAAUUUCUUUCGUAUGGGUUCGCGUUUCCGUUACAGCGGCAAAACCGAAUUUCAGACUACGCAGUUGAAUCGUGCACGUAGAACGGUGCAGUUUGAAAGACGGCCGAGUCAAAGAUACGCCCGUCGUCAAAGCCACGUUUUAAGAGAACGUCAACGUCAACAAGUAGAGCAACCACAACCACCUGUUGUGGUUAAUAACGAAGAGGAGUCUUUGCAACGUCAACCGAGUCAAUGUAGCACGAAAUCAUCGGACUCCAGCGUACACGCUACGUCCUCACCAUUGGUUGAUUCUUUAUUAAAAUCACUGGCCAAAGACCAACAACCGCUAGAGCCUAGAAACCAGACGGCAGUCUCUAACACCGAGAAGGAAACAGAACCGGUGAAAACGAGUUUAAUCAUCGAAAAUAUGACCAAUCAAACGUCGUUAGUGCCAAAUAAUCAAGUUGGCGGUACUUCCUCACUGCCACCGCGUACGCCUAUCCCCCCGGAGUCGUUGAAGUGCAAUAUACUGAAAGCGAAGUCUCUGGAACAAGGGAAGAACUCAAAUUUGGUUUCCAUCACCUCUAUGGAUGCAUCUUCGAUUAUCGCUAAGAACAAUCAGCCCUCCGAUGCGGCAACAAUCGUAUCAGUGGGUGGAGACAAGUUGACAUUGUCAGUGAGCGGGGCCAUGAUGAUGAACCCAUCUGCAGAGGACAACGUCACCGUGACGCACUUUUCUUUGGAUAGCUGGGGACAAAUUGAGCAAAAGACGACGCAACUAAACCCCAAAGUUUCAAAUCAGUCACAGAAUCCGUUCAACCCGUUUACCAGCGACAAUAACAACGAAGUCACCGCCGUUUCUGAAAGUAUCGAGGAAGAUACGAAAACGGAGGAGGAAAAGAAAGCGAAUACAAACCCGUUCAUAGAUUCGAAUCCGUUCUUGGGCCUGCUGAAUCCUUUUAAAGAGAUACAACCAGUUGUUGAAAAGAAAGCUGAAGUGGAAACGGAGAAAAACGGAGCGAGAGUCGUGAAAACUGAGGAGAUACAAACAACUACUACCACACUUACUCAUAAGGAUGAUAAUUCGGCCGUUUCCGAUAUCAGCCCUUGGUUAGUAGCCGAUCCAUCACAAACAACAACGACAGAUCAAACUCCAAUUAAACACACAGUGAUUACGAGGAAGACUGUAAUUACGACACAACUU